GCCAAGAAGAAUGCCGCAGAAGUCAAGCAGAAAACUCUUGCUCGACUCGAAGAAGCUCGCAAAAAUCGCAGAAAGCCGCCAGAUCCGACUCAAGACACAUUCGUAGAGAAAAUGGUUACGCAAGUGAUCAAAAAUCUACAGGUCUCCAUCAGCAACAUUCAUGUUAGAUUUGAGGACAAGUAUACGAACAGGCACCGACCAUUUGUUGCUGGAGUCACCUUGGAAAAGCUGGACUUCCAGUUUACAUUUACAAACACCAUCAAAUGUUUUUGGUUUUUUUAA